CUGACUUAAAAGGACGCGGUGCCGCCGACGCCGUGAAAAAGGACCGGCAGGUUUCUCUAGGCCCACCAGUUUAUUGCGCCUGAUCCAAGGGAAGAACAAAAAACGCGUCGAAGCUAGCAACGAAAUCAUGUUCCCAUGUAUCCAAGAAAAAAAUUGGAUGUCAAAGAGAUUCCAGAUUUGUCAUACCCACACGGUCCUGAACUGAAUCUUUCUUGAUCACCAAACGUGGGUCCUAUUAAAAAAUGCUUAUAUUUCUUCUACGUGUACGCACGGUGACUCGACCUUUUCAAUUUAGCUUGGGAUGGGAUCUAAACAGUUGAUAACUCCAGCUUUUGUUACUCAUUCCACAUGUAUCAGCUUCAGAAUAUCUUUAAUUCUUCUUACUUGAUCCAAAUUUACAACUAAAUUCGCUUCCAGAAUUAUGAAAAAUCUCAACUUCCGAAUAAGCCGACAAAUCUCCGAGGCUGACAAAUACACUUUUUUACACGCCACUGAUUUUUUCCUACUAUGUUACGAGUCAAACUUUGCACACUCAUAACGAUGAAAGCGUCAAGUGUUCAAAUUGACUGCAUCAUUUGCUUGGGAAACAAAACAAGGUGCAAGAACCCAGGUGGCAUACAACAAAAUUAAACCCCCACAAAUCAUAUUAGAGAGAGGGAGAGGGAGGGAGAUGGUCGAGGAGGAGGUGACAACAAAUGUGGAACGCACCCUUGAAGCAACCCCAACAUGGGCUGUGGCAACUGUGUGCUUCGUAUUAAUACUGAGCUCCAUUCUUAUUGAGCAGUUGCUCCAUCUCUUGGCCAAGUACUUUAGCAAGAAAAGGAGGAAAUCCCUCAUUCAAGCUCUUGACAAGAUCAAGUCAGAAUUGAUGAUGUUGGGAUUCUUGUCAUUGUUGCUGACUGUGAGCGAAAAACAUAUAGCAAGCAUCUGUAUUCCGAAGAGUGUUGGUGAAAUAUUUCUUCCAUGCAAGAGCAGGAGUACCGCUAGUGAUGAUGAGGAAGAAACAAAAUGCGCGGAACAGGGAAAAGUCUCCUUGUUAUCAAGGAGAGGUGUGCAGGAACUACAGUACUUAAUCUUUGUGCUGGCCUUAUUCCAUAUAUUCUCUAGCGUCCUUAUGUUCAGUCUUGGAAUGGCCAAGAUGAAGACAUGGGAGUCUUGGGAGGCAGAAACUAGAACAUUGGAAUAUCAAGUUUCAAAUGAUCCACGAAGGUUUAAGCUCACCAAUCAGACAUCGUUCGGAAAGCGGCAUCUGAAAUUUUGGAGUGACCGCCGAUUUCUUCGUUGGCCGGCCUGUUUUUUUAGACAGUUCUACAAAUCUGUCUCCAAAGUGGAUUAUCUCACUCUUAGACAUGGAUUCGUUAUGGCCCACUUUGCAGAAGGAAGUAACUUUGAUUUUCAAAAGUAUAUAAGGAAAGCUUUGGAAAAAGAUUUUGGGGUGGUUGUGGGAAUAAGUUGGUGGAUUUGGAUAUUUGCUGUAUUGUUUCUGUUCUUCAAUGCACACGCAUUUCACAACUAUCUAUGGCUUCCCUUCUUUCCAUUAGCUAUACUGUUGCUUGUGGGUACAAAGUUACAGGUCAUCAUAACUAAGAUGUGCUUAGAUAGCCAUGACAAAUCUCAUGUUGUUAGAGGAACUUUGCUUGUGAGGCCCAGUGACCACUUUUUCUGGUUUGGUUGGCCCAAAUUGCUUCUCCACCUUAUCCAGUUCAUAUUGUUUCAGAAUUCCUUUCAGCUGGCUUUUUUUGUGUGGACUUGGUACAAAUUUGGUUUUAGGUCAUGCUUCCAUAGAAAGAAUGAGGAUAUCAUCAUAAGGCUUGCCAUGGGUGUAGUUGUACAAAUCCUCUGUGGCUAUGUGACACUCCCUCUCUAUGCUUUGGUCACACAGAUGGGCUCGUCAAUGAGGAAAGAUCAUGCAUUCACGGAGGGCGUGGUUUAUGGUCUGAAAAAAUGGAGAGCGAAGGCCAAGAAAAACCUUGCUUUGAGCAGCUUCAGAAACACAAAUUACCACACACGCCGUUUGCUAGACGCCUCACUUGAAACUUCACCUUCCUUCUGUCAUGAUGCAAGAUUCUCAGUAGACUUUGAUCUCCCUUCAGACUCUGAAAUAUUUGUGGCAGUAGAACUAGAUAGUGAAGAAAAUGCAAGACACAGACAAUCCAAGGAAAAGCAAAAGGUGGGCUUUUUCGAUGGUUUUGACUUGAACAGGAGGACUACUUCGUGAAAUUUCAUAGAAAGGAAAACAGACCAUUUUAGGAGAGGCUUUUCCAUGUUAAUAAUUGAGUAAUGCUAGGGACAAGUUCUAAAUGUACAAGUUUUGCAUAAAUUUUUUUGUAAAAAAGCAGAUCCCACUAAAAGAAAAGUGAGUUUUUCACACUUUUUAUAAUAGAGUCCACUUUUUGAUAAAA